AUUUCUUGAUAUAAAAAGAUUACCCCGAUCUUUUUCGCCCCAGGACAUGUGAUUAUCUAGCUACGCCACUGCUCGGCUCUCGGCGGAAUGACGAUCCUCGUCUAUGAGAAUCAAUUGUGGAGAACGAGGGCCGACCAGGGACAUUCCAAUUCCAUUAAUAGCUUCCGUUGGCGCAGGAUUGUAUCUCCAAUUUCAUCUUUCAUUCCACAAUACCUGGAGUGCAGUGAAGAUGAGGGCUAUCCACGUGGUCGUAUUAGUAGCGGUGGUGGCAGCAGUACAUGCCAGGGAUGCCAGGUACAGAAGGAAUGCUGAUUUAGAAGCAGCAGCCUCCCACCACUGGGAGAAGGGAGACGGCGGCGAGCAUCAUGGACACCAUCACAGUGAACACGGUGGACACGACGAGAAGGGGUACAAAGGGUACCACGAACAAGACCACGGAAAGAAAGGACACUCUCACCAUGAAGGAAAUAAAGGAUACUACGGAGAAGACGGUGGCCACAAGAAACACCACCACCAUGACGACGGAUACUAUGAGGAGCACAACUAUGGCGAAAAGGGUGAAAAAGGACACGGUUUCGAGGAAAAGGGGCAUUUCCACAAAGGACACUCGACGAAGGGACAUCACGGCAUCCAUAAAAUAGACGAGUUCAAAAAAGACAAACAUUUCCACGACAAACACGGGGAGUCUGGUUUUGAAGAGGGCUAUGGUGGGUAUCAUCAUGAAGGUGGUUACAAGAAGGGUGGAGAAUUCCAUAAGGGUCAUGAUGUUGGAGGUUUCCAUGAACAUGAGCACGGCCAGAAGGGAUUCCACGAGAAGGGUGGCCACCACCAUGAUCACAAGGGGCAUCAUGGAGAGGGCGGCGAAGAAGAGUACUGGGGUCACGAAGAGGGCCAUGGCAGCAAGGGUGGGCAAGAGGAACACAAAGGCUGGGACUGGAAGAAAGGACACAAAUAAAUUAAACUGUUACUCGUGGAUCGUUUUGUUAAUGUUAAUAUUUUGUGAUACGAAAAUAAAAUAUUUUUUUCCGACAAUGUCUUUUAAAUUUAAUUUAGCUUCUGAAUAAGAAGUGUUUUUUUAUUAUUUAUAUUUAAUAUUUACCUAUAUAUGUUCAUUAUAUACUUAGGUGUUGUUUUAUUCAGGAGCAUCACAUUUUUUACAGUUUUGUAGAGAUUACACAACAAUGUACAUGCAAAUUUCUUUUAAAUUUUGUAGACGAAAACGUAGCAAACUACAAACUCAUUUUUGCAAACGUAAGACUACUUAGAUUGCCAGUAAAACUGUCCGAUUUUUUAUCAAAUCAACAAAACAAUUUGAACUUUUCCAAGAUAUAUUGUUUUAUUAUACGAUAACUAACGGCAUAAUAUACUAACUUAGUUACUAAAAAACAAACAAAAAUAUUUUUAGCCACUAUGAUAGAGUUUCAUUAUUUCAAUUUUAACUAUGCAUUGAAUGCUCAUGCGAAAGCGUAAGUUAAAACUAGCGCUUUAAUCCGUAGUAAGUGUGCCUAGAUAAUAAAUUAUUAACUAAUAACUAUGCCUCGAAUUUAAUACAGGAACAGUUAUUUUUUUCAUAAUUACAUAUAUGCAAAAUUUCAAAAUUAUGGUUGAGUAGAUUCAGCGUGAAAAGAUUAAACAAACUUACUUUCGCAUACGUAGGUAUGUUUGUUAUGAUAAAUUCGGAUAUUGAUAAAGAUUAAGACUAAAUUGUUGAACAAAUCCUCACAACACGUUUUCUACGAUAGUGAGUCAUCUUGAAAUUAUAACGUGUGGUUCCGCCCUAGAAUAAGACCACCCAGAAGGCCGGGGUCAGCCCCGGCCUUCGUUGCUUCACAACCCCGAACGCAACCGUGUACAUGGAG